UGCUCUGGGAUGACGCGCUACAUGCGGAUCAUCCGCAUAGCUGCCGUAGCUGUAUCACCUACUUUCGGGUUCAAUUUUUGGAUUUUUUCUGUUCUGGCAAACAUUUACUGGAUUCUUCAUAGCCUAUACGUGGCUCGCACAGCUGCUUUGAUUGUUGCGUCAAUGGAGGAGGAGCGGCCCCAAGGUAGCAAGUGUCGAGAGCGAUGCCAGCUCAUCAGGCUGGAAUCACACAUCCCAGCCAAGGCAGCUUCACCUGAGUACAUCUUUUCUCUCGCCUAUAAGAAGCCCCGGCCUAUACCCAAAACCUGGGAAUGGAUGGGAACUAAGAAUGGUACUGGUCUUCUCGAUCUCCCACGGGAGUUGAGAGACAUAAUUUAUGGCUACGUCUGCGACGAUAUGAUCCACGACGGAUAUGGAUGGCGCAAAGAAGACGAAUGGGCCGAUGACUUCGAUCCGGGUGCUGAGGAGGAUGAGGAACUUAUAUUUUACCAAAACUGCAACAUUAUGAGGAUAUGCCGACAAGUGCACUGGGAAUUUACUGAAGUGCUCUAUGCGCGGCCGCUACAACUUACCGGCGUCCCACCGUUCGGCAUAGCCCAUCAUAUCGUUGUUACGGGAUCACAUAUCCUUCCGUUAUCAAGAACAUACGCACAUUUUGUCAAGAAGCUGGCAUUUAUCCAUAGCAUAGGCCUUCAAGACUAUUUAGGCGUGGAAUCGCGAGGAGAGCACAAGGUUAGUGCUGAAGUUCUUUGGCUCGAUGUUGUUACAGCAACGAGGACACUGCUGAAGCUUUUCCCUGCUCUACAAAUCUUGCGCAUUCUUAUCACCAACGAGCCAAUCGAGCCUGUGAAUGACGUAUUGCUGGCCAUGCUCGGGAUGCGCACGGAUAGAAGAGAAGAGCCGGUCGAGAUCGCAGAGGAUGUAAUCCAGGUAGUGCGCCAGAGCGACACGAGGCCUAUUAAAGUUCCGCAGCAGCUGGAAUUGUUAUAUUUGGAAGAAGACAAUGGCAUUGUAAGGGAGAUGCCUUUGAGCGAGGCCUUGAGGAAUGUACAAGCAGCAGAGCUCCACAAGAAAGAGCUUAGAGAAAAAUCCUGAGACUGAGCUAAGAUCAAGCUGAAGAUGGUGAAAAAUGGUGUGGUUCGCACUUAAAGAACUGAGUGUAC